AUGAUAUAUCAAGAAUGUGCACAAUUAGAAGCUGGUGUUACUUUUUUUAUUCCUGGUGUAGGUGAACAAAAUAUUAAAUUUUUUAUUAUUGCAUCAUGUACAGAUAAACCAGCUCAAUCGUUAUUAACUAAUAUGGUCUCCCACAAUGCUAAUUAUAGCUGUGCAAAAUGCUUUACUGAAGCUCCGUGCCCUUUAACAAAAUUAAAAUAUUAUUCUUUUGGUGAAUUAAUACUCUUUGAUUCAUUGCAUACAUUAUAUUUAGGUGUAUUUAAAAAAUUUUGUUCGUUGAUUUUUUCUAAAUCCAAAACUGAUCGUCAACAAAAAUGGUCGCUUUAUAAUAAAAUAAAUAGUAUUGAUCAAGGGUUAUCUUCUGUUAAAAUUCCAACUACUACAAGUCGAAGAUUUCGAACAAUAAAACAUAUUGCACGUUUCAAGGCGAACGAAUUCAGAUCCUUAAUGCAUCACGGUUCAACAGUAUUGUUACAAGCAAAGUUACCAAAAUAUCGUCGACAUUUUGCAUUGUUAUUAGCUGCUGUUACCAUUGCUUCUAAAGAUAUUAUUGACAAUUAUGAUAUAAUAUUAGUCAAAGAAUUAUUACAUCAAUAUGUAAAAGAUUGGCAAAAGAUAUUUGGUCUUCGUCAUAUGUCAUCCAAUAUACAUUCACUUUUACAUAUUCAUGAAUCAAUACAAUUUCUAGGUCCUUUAUAUAUGUAUAGUGCUUUUAAUUUUGAAGGUUAG